CGACGACAUGUCCUCCUCCGCGCCGCAAGGGAUCAUCUACAUCAACAAACCACAGCCGCAUGAAACGCGUGCUCCUUGGCGCGAGCCUCCGGAGCCAGCGAAUCCUGUCGUCAAGGGUCUACCGCUGUACUUUGGUGCUAUAUUGAUUUCCAAAUUGGGUGCUUUGCAGCAGUUGUUGUGGAACAAUGCCGGAUUCGCUGCCCUACGUGAUCGGCCUGAGCUAGAGGGUUUUGAACCACGAUAUGAGCCCUUGGUGAUCAAGAGCAGUGCUGCUGGUGCUGCUGCCAACCUGGCUGACCAAGGAGAGUACCUGAAGGCUUUGUCACAGGAAGACUGGGCUGCUCGCCAACCGGCGAAGAAAGUCCAUUGGAGUGCGCUGGAUUAUCAUGAAGCUUAUGUUUCUGGAAAGCUCACGCCUACUGCGGUUGCGAAGGCUCUACUGCCGCUCAUCAAACGCGAUGUGAAGACGCCACAUAAGCAUGCGACUGCGUACAUACAGGUGAGAGAGGAUUUGGUGCUCAAGGCUGCCGAGGAAAGUACCAAACGAUAUGCGGAAGGGACGUUCUUGAGCGUGCUCGAUGGCGUUCCUGUGGCGAUCAAAGACGAGAUGGAUCUCAGUGGCUACAACAAGUGCUUUGGCUCCAAGAUCGACUAUACACGCAAGGACGAUGCGACUAGCUACUGCAUGCAGAAGUGGCUCGAUGCUGGGGCGAUCAUAGUCGGGAAGACAAACAUGCACGAGUUGGGUGCCGACACGACCAACAAUAAUCCUAACUUCGGAACACCAUUGAACCCCAACAAUGAGAAAAUCUACUGCGGUGGGAGCUCUGGAGGUAGUGCUUACAGUGUCGCUGCUGGUUUGACACCUCUCUGCGAGGGCAAUGAUGGCGGUGGCAGUAUUCGACUACCUAGCAAUUAUUGUGGCCUGUAUGGCUUGAAGCCGUCUCAAGGAAGAAUUUCAGGCCGGCCUACCACCAAUCUCGCGAAGAGCAACGGCGUGUCGGGACCUUUGGCGGGCAAUAUGAUUGACCUUGAGCUGGGAUACCGCAUCAUGGCGCAGCCUGACGCGCUCGACAACGACGCCGCACUCUUUCAAGCACCAGGACCAGUAAAGCCUGAGUCUAGCAGAAACAAAGUCCUAGGCAUCUACAAGCCAUGGUUCGAAAGGGCGGAUGCUAACGUCAAGUCCGCGUGUCAAGCAACAAUCGAUCACCUAGUCUCCAAACAAGGGUACUCACUCGUCGACAUCACAAUCCCCUACACCGGCGAAGGCCAACUCGCUCACGCCAUGUCCAUCCUCUCCGAACUCGCCACCGGCGUCCUCCAGGCCGACCAACCCAAACUAACCCCCGCCAAUAAAGUCCUCCUCGGUGUAGCCCGCAAAACGACUGGCGUUGAUUUUCUCCAAGCACAGCGCCUCCGAAACCUCCUCAUGCAACACCUCUCUCACCUCUACGAAAAACACCCCGGUCUCAUUAUCGUCACACCAACAACCCCGAACGCCGGCUGGAGAAUCGGCGCCGGAGAGCUAGCUUACGGCGUGACCGACGCUAACAAACAACUUCGGAAUAUGGAGUAUGUUUGGCUUGCCAAUUUCACGGGUUGCCCGGCUAUUACGGCCCCGGUAGGAUAUGAGAAUGAUCCCGAUGGGAAAAUCCCGAUUGGGUUGAUGGGAAUGGCUGAGUGGUGCGAGGAAGACAAUUUGAUUGCGUUUGGAUAUGAUCUGGAGAGGUAUUACUUGAUGCAUGGGGUAUGCCUCAGGCAGUCGUCCGUUCACUCUUGGCAUUCACUCGAGCGAGUACUUCUAUAUAGUUUCUAGCACCUCCGUAGUUCGUUCCUUAAUUAAUUAACAUUGUAGUUACUAUCUCUCGUAUAGUUAUAAGCC